AUGGGGAAACUCCUCCGGAGAUUCACAUACUGGAGAGCAGAGCAGGGAGCUUUGGCUGUCUGACAUACCUGGUUCAAAUGAUGAGAAACCUUCUUCUCCAGCAUUCCUUUGUUUUAAAGGAGAGCUGCUGGCCUGCCUUGCCAGCGGAGCUUUCUGUGCCUGCGCUGAAGGAACAGCCUGACCCUCCUGGAAGAAGCAGUUUUCUGCAGCUGAAAUCUUAGUGCAGAAGUGUGGAAGAAAUCUGCUGUUCUGGGAGCAGCUUGGCUGUUCUUGAACAGUGGGUUUGUGCUCCCUGGCAGUGACUUGGACUUGGGAAAACGCAGCUGAGUUGCUCAGAAAAAGAACAGACCUUUCCUUGAGUCCUUCACUUGGGUUUCCGUUUCCAUCGGCACCUUGCAGAGCGUUGCAGACAUGCGCCCUCUUGCUGCCUUGGCCGAGACCAGGAUGAGGAGUUGAGGAGGUGCUGCCAAGGUUAACAGAGCGGACCCAGUGGAAGAAGUCACUUUCCAAACUACACUGCUCAGAGGAGCUGCUUCUCUCAGCUGUCAAGGCCUCUGAGCUGUUGCUGCAGGGAAGAGGACAGGGCUGCCUGGAGCAAUGUCCAGUGACCCCCCCCCGCCCUACCCGGGGGGCCCCUCGGCGCCGCUGAUAGAGGAGAAGCACGGCCCCCCCUCUGCUCCAGAGGGUGUCACCCCAGUGGUGGGACAGCCCCAGGGGGUUCCUAUCCCCCCUCCUGAGUUUGGACCCCCCCCCUAUGAGCCACCCUCACAGCCGGGGUUCAUACCCCCCCACAUGCCCACGGAUGGCUCUGGGCCCUACGUGCCACCAGCAGGAUACUACCCACCGCCAGGCCCUCACCCCCCCAUGGGCUACUACCCUGGCCCAGGCCCCUACCCCUCUCCUGGUGGCCACACGGCCACAGUGCUGGUGCCACCGGGAGCCGCCACCACGGUCACAGUGCUGCAGGGAGAGAUCUUCCAGGGUGCCCCCGUGCAGACGGUGUGUCCCCACUGCCAGCAAGCCAUCACCACCAAGAUCUCCUACGAGAUUGGGCUCAUGAGCUUCCUUCUUGGCUUCUUCUGCUGCUUCGUGGGGUGUGAUCUCUGCUGCUGCCUGAUCCCCUGCCUGUUCGAUGACUUCAAGGACGUGACACACACGUGUCCCAACUGCAAGGCCUACAUCUACACGUACAAGCGCAUGUGCUAGCGGCACCCGGGAGCCGCUGGAGCGCCGCCGGCCCCGCCCCGCUGCCGCCCGUCCGUCCAUCAGUCUGUCCGUCCGUCCCCGCGCCUGCAUCGCCCUCGCUUCCCGCCGGUGGUGUGUAUGUGUUAUCCCCAGCUCCCUCCCGCGCCCCCAGCUCUGCUCCUCACUGGGAAUAGUUGGAUUGGUGACAGAGGCACAGGGGAGGGGGGCCCAGCCCCCGGACGCUGUGCGGGAGCUGCCCUGCGGUGCACAGGAGUGGGGGGCAUCGCCCUGCACCCCAUCACCCUCCAGGGUGUGAACGAGGCCCCUCGCACCUGGAGCAACCCUGGGAAGAGCAGCAGCUGCUGGAGGUGCCCAGCCCAGUCCCACAGUGCAGGGAUGUGCUGGGAUGGGGGCCCAGGAGGGGACCCAAACAGCCCAUGGUGCCCUCGGGAUGCAGCACAGCCUUUGUGGCACUUUCAGGAAGGGGUUCAGUGACAAGGAGACAGGGCAGUGCCACACACCAGGCUUCCGUGUGGUUCACAGCCCCCUGCAGCCCCGGCAAAGCCCCUUCCCGAGGGGAGGCAGAGCCUCUAAGCACAGAGGGCCCGGCAGCAGCGCUGCGCCCUUAUCAGCACCUCCGUCCUGCCCUGCCCUGCCCUGCCCGGCGGCCGCUCCAGCUGCAUGCGCCUCCUCCAGCCCCGCGGCUCCGGGGCAGGGACAGCCCCGAGCAGCCCUGGCCCCGGAGAGCCGAAACCACUCCCAGCAUGUCCUGGCUGCCCGGCACGUAGAGUAGAGGAGUUUGUUACCAGGCUGCAGCUCCAGAGCCGUCCUGGGCCGGCAGGGUCUGUGGGGCCCUCCUUGCAUGUGGUGUAGGGGUUUUAGCUCACUCACCUGAGGCAGAAGGAAGGGGCAAGCAGGCAGCCCCAGGAGCUGCCAGCAGCACUCCACAGCAGGGGCCAAAGGACCCGGGAGCCAAGUUCAGCCCCUCGGGGCUGCUCCUCCCUCCCCUGCCCCUGCAGCUCCCAGAGCAAAGUGGGGGGGUCUCUCAGUACACAGGUCUGCAAACACAGCCUGGCCUGCACAGGCAGCUGCUGUUUGCUCAGGGGUGGAACUGUGGCACUAGUCAGUGUUUUUAUGUAAAUAAAUAACAGACCCUGGA